AUGAUUCAACGUUUAGCUCUAAAAAGUUCUAAACCAUGUCCACCAGUUAAGUGUCCAGGUAAUAAACCAAAACAAUGUUCAUAUGGUUAUCAAAAAACACUAGAUGGUUGUGAAAUUUGUAAAUGUAAUGAUCCAUGUAAUCCAGCUGGAAAAGCAAAACUUUGUGGACCUAAACAACGAUGUUCCGUUGAUAAGAAACCUGAUGGAACAUUUCAAGCUAAGUGUGUUGAAUCAAAAGCGAAAAAUCCUAAAGGAAAGAAACCAAAAGAUGAACCUUUAAAACCUGAAUGCAAGUUACCAAAAUUAACGGGUCCAUGUCGAGCAUCUUUCCAACGUUUUUACUAUAAUUCAGCUACGAAAAGCUGUGAAUCAUUCACUUAUGGAGGAUGUCAAGGCAAUAAAAAUAACUUUCUUACAAAAGCUGAAUGCGAAAAAGCUUGCGUAGCUUAA